AAUUUUAACUCAUUUUAUUUAAUCCAAUACAUUAAAAAGUUACCUAACAUGCAAACAAUAUACAAAUUAUUUUAUACGACGUCUUUGGAAUCCUGUAUUUUACACGUAAAGCGCAUCUCACUCCGGACUAGCCAUGUUUCCAGCACGUGAUAGCCGCACAAGGCUGGAACCCAGGUCUGGGGAAUUAAUUCUUGUCCUCAGUGCUCAAACCGUUCUUCCCUUCAAGCCUGGCCUAAUCCCCACUCUCUCUCAUCUCUUCGAAUACGCUCCGCGGUUAUGCCCCUCACCUCACACUGCACUGCAAGUAUUUCGUCCACUGAGUAUUUGCUGAUCCUCACUCAGUGCCGGGUGACCCGGCUUGACCAGCACCCGCAGCCGCCCUGCCACUGUUGGGCCGGGUAUGGUGUGUCUGGCUUCCCUCUGUUCUGGGCCGGCUCCGAAACGCGCUCAAGAGAAACCGGAAUCAGACACGGGCCCAGUUCAGCUUUGGAAAUGAAGAGCUCAAGGGUACGGCGGCUCCUGGGAGUCCGCUGCCGGCAGGAGGGUGCCACUGUUGUGUCGGGCGAGCCAGGAGCCACAGACUCAAGCACACUCGGAAACCCAACCACCUCCGCUCCCUCCACGAUGCGUGUAAUGUGCGUUGCGCGGCGUCGCCCUUUAAUAACGUCGGGCGCUCGGAGUGCUGCGUCACUCGCCACCUGGGACUUAGGCGGGACUUCCGGGUGCGCGUAGGCACAACUUCCGGAAGGAGGCGGAAGAGCUUCUCGGCUCUACGCUCUGGAGUCCCGGGACCAGUGAGGGGCCACCCGGGGCACAGGAAAGGGCCGCUGGGGGAGGGCCGGCUGCACUCGGGGUGUCUGGGCCGCGGGUCUGAGUGAUGAGGAGGGGCCAUGGCCAGCGACGGGGCCAGGAAGCAAUUCUGGAAGCGCAGCAACAGCAAGCUCCCGGGCAGCAUCCAGCACGUGUAUGGCGCUCAACACCCCCCCUUUGAUCCACUGUUACAUGGCACUUUGCUCAGGUCCACGGCCAAGAUGCCCACCACACCAGUGAAGGCCAAGCGGGUCAGCACCUUCCAGGAGUUUGAGAGCAAUACCAGCGAUGCCUGGGACGCUGGGGAGGACGAUGACGAGCUCCUGGCCAUGGCGGCGGAGAGCCUGAACUCCGAGGUGGUCAUGGAGACGGCCAACCGUGUGCUGCGUAACCACAGCCAGCGGCAGGGGCGGCCCACACUGCAGGAGGGGCCAGGGCUUCAGCAGAAGCCCAGGCCCGAGGCAGAGCCGCCCUCACCCCCCAGCGGCGACCUCCGGCUGGUGAAGUCUGUCAGUGAGAGCCACACGUCCUGUCCUGCAGAAAGUGCCAGCGAUGCCGCCCCUCUGCAGAGGUCCCAGUCUCUCCCACACUCGGCCACCAUCACGCUGGGUGGCACAUCCGACCCCAGCACCCUCAGCAGCUCAGCACUGAGUGAAAGAGAGGCCUCCCGGCUCGACAAGUUCAAGCAGCUGCUUGCCGGCCCCAACACGGACCUUGAGGAAUUACGGAAGUUGAGCUGGUCCGGAAUCCCUAAGCCAGUGCGUCCAAUGACGUGGAAGCUCCUCUCAGGUUACCUUCCUGCCAAUGUAGACCGGAGACCAGCCACUCUCCAGAGAAAACAAAAAGAAUAUUUUGCAUUUAUUGAGCACUAUUACGAUUCUAGGAACGACGAAGUUCACCAGGACACAUACAGGCAGAUCCACAUAGAUAUCCCUCGCAUGAGCCCUGAAGCGCUGAUCCUGCAGCCCAAGGUGACGGAGAUUUUUGAAAGGAUCUUGUUCAUAUGGGCAAUCCGCCACCCGGCCAGUGGAUACGUUCAGGGGAUAAAUGAUCUCGUCACUCCUUUCUUUGUGGUCUUCAUUUGUGAAUACAUAGAGGCAGAGGAGGUGGACACAGUGGACGUCUCCGGCGUGCCCGCAGAGGUGCUGUGCAACAUCGAAGCCGACACCUACUGGUGCAUGAGCAAGCUGCUGGAUGGCAUUCAGGACAACUACACCUUUGCCCAACCUGGGAUUCAAAUGAAAGUGAAAAUGUUAGAAGAACUCGUGAGCCGGAUUGAUGGAGAAGGACAGCAUUUACUUCAGAAAACUUUGAUAAUUCGGUGAAGGAAAACAUCUUCAUGGACUCGCUGAUUAAGAAUGGAGGUUUUGAGGACAUUGCCCAGAUGGGAAUAGUUCAGAAAAGAGCUGAAUUGCUCUGCAAAGUCAAGCGGAAGUUUCAGCAGUGGUGGCACGAGGAUAAGGGCUCAUCAGGAGGGAGCAGAGAGCUGGAGGAUGGGGAGGUCUUGGGGAUGGAGGGAAGCCUGGUGAGGGGUGAGAGGGCAGAUCGGAAGAGGGGCGGCAUCACUCUUGUUUUCUUGUGGUAAGGAGUUGUGAAAGAAUCUCUCAAAAGCACUUCUGAGUAGUUUCUUCCUAUCUUGAGUAGUAGUGUGACCUUUCUCUGUCAUCCCUAAGCCUUUAGUAAAAGUCUGCCGUGGAGACACGAAGGUGCUGAGAAUGAAGAGGGAGGGCUGUGUCUGUAAUGGAAGCCGUGUGGAAAGGAGGAUGAGCGGCAGCCUUCGAGGGUGUGUGCUGGGCGGGGAGUAAAGCGACAGGCAAGCCCGCGGAUGGGGAACUCCCUGGGAACCCCCAUGUAUCCUUCGGGACAGACAUUGUAUGAGUUCCCACAGAAUCAGAGGGUGACUGGAGCCACUGAAUUUGGAGUGAAAGAAAAAGGUGAGAGUAGGAGGAACGUGCGUUUUCAGUCGUGGCAGGCUAGAUAAUUUCAACCCCAUUUCCCACUGGAUAAGACUUUUUUGUUUUUUUAAAUUAAGCCAACAAAGCAAAAAGAAAAAAAAAGGAAAGAAAAAUAAAUGUCUUAUGUCUUAAAAGCAUUGAACUGCUAUCUACAAAAUAAGGACUUCCUGGGCCCGAGUGAAGCUGGGACCUGGCUAGGUAUGCCCAGCUCUAAAGCCACCGGUGUUCUGGGUGUGUGUUUCCUGAUGCAGAAGAAAAAUCAUCCCAAAGCUAGUUGUGGUUUGGGCACCUCAUGUAGUGCUUGCAUCCAACCUGUUUAGUCAGGACAGGGAUCUGAGAAAUGCCCAUAUAGUUUGUGAGACUCAGAAUAGUGACACAUGAGGGCAAAGUGGAAGUGAUAUACCCUCAUAAAAUCUAGGUUCCAACCUGAGAGGAUCAGGGUUGUUUGAACCUCAAUUAUGAUGAUUCUGUGCUGGAGUUCCCCAGAAUGCUAGUGAGAAGCAAAACAAAAUCUUGUCUGGAGGAAGUUACAACUGAAAUUGUAUUUUUUUUCUUUUUUCUUUUUUUUUUUUUUUAAUAACUCCAAACACCUUUUUCAAAUAAAAUGACCCACACACAUGAACCCAGGAGGCGGAGGUUGCAGUGAGCUAUCGCGCCAUUGCACUCCCGCCCGGGCAACAAGAGUGAAACUCUAUCUCAAAAAAGAAAAAAAAAAAAUUUGGGUGAUGUUUUUGUGACCAGAAAUAUGCCAUUGAAACUUACCUCUUGUUUCAAUCAAUCAGCCUAUGGUAAAAUUGGUUUCAUUAUAUGUCGUUUUGCUUCAGGUCACAGCUUCCGAGAACCUGUGGAUGAUUCUAAGUGGGUAUUUGGUGGGUAGUGCUGCCGAGC